CGCCGAUUUGGGCCUCUCUCUUCCUCUUCCUUUCUGCUAAGACGCAAUUGUAUACAUCUCUAGAACUAAAUGGGGAAACACAUCAACACCUGUUUGGUCAGAAUAUUUGACGGUGAUCAAUCGGAAGCAGGGGACGCAAUUGAAUAGAUCUCUAGAAGUAAAUGGGGAAACACAUCAGGACCGGUUUGGUCAGAAUAUUUGACGGUGAUCAAUCGGAAGCGGGGAACCGGUGGGACAGGUAGGUCUUGCAGGUAGCCUAACAAAAAGCCUGCUCCGCAACUAUGUUAUAUUCACUUGUUGCACUUCCACGAGCGGGAGAUUGAGUCCGGACACCAACGACCGGGCAAAAAACAUAAUGUUACCUUUACUAGUUGCAGGUGGUGUUGUAGUUGCACUGUAUGUUCUCCUUGUUAAAACUAUUUUCAAAAGCUCCAGAUUUAAAGGAAAUGCAGCGAUGGCAGGGAAGACUGUAAUACUAACAGGUUCGUUUGUUAUCCUUUAAACAUGUUUGACUGCAUUGUAAGCCUGAUAAAAUUGUUGGACAUUUUCUUAAAUAAUACAUUCAUUGGUGUCAUCUGUGUUGUCUGUCUCAUGCAGCCUAUGAUAUUUAUCUAAUUUGGGGUUUCAAUCAGGUUUGUUUUGCCUCUGGAACUCCGAAUUUUAUUUUGUUAUUUUUAUGUGCCCUGAGUCAAUGUCUUGUUCUCCCUAUAGGUGGCAACACUGGCAUUGGGAAAGCCACUGCUCUGGAGCUUGCCAGGAGGGGUGCAAGAGUAAUCAUGGCAUGCCGCAACCAAGAGAAAGCUGAACUUGCUAUAAGUGAUAUAAAAAGGGUACAAGAAUCUUAUGAAAAUCAAUCAUUCCACAUUUGUAUUCGAAUAUUCAUUAGUGAGAUGUAUCAUUUGAACAUUGUAUGCCUGUAAAUAUCAGACCUGGGUUCAAAUACUAUUUAGGGUAUUUCAAUUACUUUCAAAGACAUUUGGAAGUAAGUAUUUCGAUUUUUCUAUUUUGAAUAUUGGAAUGUAUUUGGAAAUAUACUGAGAAAGUACUUUAAAAUACACAAAUAAACUGAUUCAAAUACACUCCCAUGAAUUUAACCCAAGUAUUUGAAAAGAAUAUUAGAAAUAAUUCUUUGAAAAUAUUUUCAAAUAGUAGGCUAUUUAUAGGAAAUAAAUAGGAAAAUAUUUGAUUUGGGCCACAUUAUUAGAAAAUAUUUAAAUACAAUAAAAUACGUAUUUAAAUCAAAAAUACUCAAAUGCACAUGUAUUUGAACCCAGGUCUGGUAAAUAUAGGCCUAACAAAUUGUGAUUUGUAUUUCAGGAGACAGGCAGCACUGAUGUGGUGUACAUGCAGUUGGACCUGGGGAGCCUUCAGGCAGUGCGUUCUUUCACUGAGACCUUCCUGAAGACAGAGGCUAGCCUGGAUCUGCUCAUUAAUAAUGCCGGUUAGUGGUCACGUACUUUUUUCUCUUAAUUGUAUUCAAAAGAAAACAUGAGUAGAAAAAAGCUAUUGAACCAUCUGUGAUCUCUCCCUCAGGUCUGGUGGCGGAUGGGCGCACUGCUGAUGGCUUUGGUAUUGAGUUUGGGGUCAACCACCUUGGCCACUUCCUGCUGACCUGUCUGUUGCUGGACCGCCUGAAGGAGGGCACUGGGGGCCGUGUAGUCACACUGGGAUCCAUGGCCUAUCGCUGGGGCAACAUCGACUUUGAUGCCCUUAUCACUAAUAAACACCUGGGCACUGGGAGGUACAGCUGGCAGUUCUUUCACGCGUACUGCAACAGCAAACUGUGCAAUGUUCUCUUCAACCACGAGCUGGCCAAGAGACUGAAGGGUACCAAUGUCACUUGCUACAGUGUUCACCCAGGUUGGUCAUUUCCUUCAAGAUUAUUAUAUGGUAGAUCUGUCACUAUGAACCACAAUGAGUCCUGAUACACGCUACAAGUCCUGGGAUACAUACUAAGGGUGUUCAUUUUCCUGUGUUGGAUCAUUGAAAGUUCACCUGUAUUAUUUUUCUUAUCCUAUUAUGUUUUCCCCCCUAUAGGAGUAGUGAAAACAGAGCUAUCCCGAAACUGCAGCCUGUGGCAGAGAUUCAUCAUCGAGCCAAUAGCUAGACUGUUGUUCCUGGAUCCAGAAUCCGGUGCCCAGACCACUCUCCACUGUGCCCUCCAGGAGGGUAUCGAGCCUCUGAGUGGACGCUACUUCUUCUGCUGUGCACCGCAGGAAGUGGUUCCCAAAGGCAAAGACGACGCUGUGGCCAAGAAGUUGUGGGAAGUUAGUGAACGGCUGAGCGGUCUGUUUUAGGAAAAGGGGGCAAUGUUACACACUGUGUAAAAGACUGCUUACACUGCUUUUGAUUUGGUGGUUUUUAGAUCUGGGGGAAAAACGCUAAUUGAACACUCAUCAAAAUGGAUCAAUGUGACAAGAAACUGCUCAUACAUUAGCUGAUCUCCUCUUUCACUACACCAUGCAUGUUGGUGACAUCCUGUUUGUGGUGUGUCUUGUAUUGACGAUAAUCAGUGUGCAGUAAGUGUGCCUGUGACAGUUAAAGGUCCAAAGACUUAGGAAGCUCUUGUAGAAACUGUUUGACUUAUUAUAAUAAAAAGAUUCCAAGUGAUUGAUUUCCUUAGGCUUUGCCUUAUUGUUGCCAUCACUGUAAUUUCAAAUAGAAUAGAGCUCUCUAUCGGAUAUGAAAUGGUGACUAAUUCCAGCAUGUAACCAAACUAGUGAUUGUAUUGGGCCUAUGCAUGUAGUGUAAUUAGACUGCAUACACUACCUUGUACAACUUUGAUUGAAGCUUCCGUAGUGGGCUCAUGGUCUCGUAAUGAGGCCUUGCCUGAGACUUCAAAAUCAGUCACCCUCGGCCCCAGAGGGGGUCUAAUGGUCAAGACGUUGGGUUAUUUCCUGUUGGACACUACCGUGCCACAGCAUUCCUUGACACCAGAGGCAUUUGCUUGGGUGUGACGAAGUGGCUGGUGCACAGAAAGAACAUCCUUCACACACCCGUCAACUUAAUCUUUGCAUGAGACUGUAUAUUAGCAGUCACACCGGUCGCACCGGUUUCUCAGAACAGCUCUGAACCUUGGCCUCGUUGUCUCCAAGUGCUCUCAUCACUUAAAAACGACUCAACAAUGUGGUUUAAGCAACUGCUGCAACAGGGC